AUAGCCCCAGUCCAAGGAUGUGAAGUUGGAACCACUGGACAUAAGAAGCAUUAUUUACAUAAACGCAGAUAUAGCAGUCCAGUGCACGUGCACGGGUUCUGAGCUAUUCGUUAUGUCAAGAACCUAUCGCAUACCAGACUUGGUGGCACGAUGUCCGAGAAAAACGCACCCCAUCAAUGACAACCUGGUAACGUUAGAGGAAGAACAUAGCCAGUGGGUUGAUUCAGUCCCUUUGUUCGGGGAGAGGGAAUGUGCUGGGUGUAAAAGUGGACAGAUCCCUCUGUUUGCCUCUUGCUGUUAUCCCACGGCAGACUCCGAGGCCCUACACGCCGUCGUUGCGCAUAUGAAUGCUCUCAUUUUCUUGGAUCACGCAAACGAUAUGGCAUCCACUGAGGAAGCAGAGAAAAAUGCGACACUGUUUCUCUCCGCAUUUGAUGACCCAUCUGCGGGUCUCGCAUCACCCCACAAAUUUGUCAAGUUGAUCAGUAGUCUUGCAUCUCGAACGACUGCUGUCAUUAGCGAGGCUCAUAGAGUUGAUUGUCGCCAAGCAAAUACCGCCUUUGCGAGAGCAACUGCACAGGAGGCGCUCGACAGGCAAACCACAGAGGUGGAUAAUGUCAAGCUCACGUUCAACACGUACAUCCCGACGCGCAGGAAGUCCGUUGCUGCCCCUGUAUUUCUGGUAUAUGCCCGAGCAAUCAAUGGGCUUAAGAUCUCACCAGAACUUCUGGAUGAUACUACCGUGAAAGCUCUCGAGCUCGCAGUAAUCGAUAUCUUCAUAAUCUCUAACGACAUUCUGUCGUACAAGAAAGAACUCAAGGGCGAGGGUGUAGUUCACAACCUUCUAACCAUCCUCAUGCAAGACCCUAGCACGGCAUGCUUGGAUCUUCAGCAUGCCAUAGAUUACGCAGCCAAUCUCUUCAACCAGACUUUAGACCGUUUCACGGAAUACAGGAGUAAACUGGCUAGAGACGAUCCCCAAUUACAAGCUUACGCUGAUGCCAUGGUCGACCUCUUUGUCGGUGUUAUUGAGUGGCAGCUGGCAUCAACUCGUUACAAUGUUUUUGAGUCAGAUGAGGACAGGUUCAACGGCAUAAUGAGGCUUUGAUUCUUUAGUUAGCCCUGAUGCGAUACACAUGGUUGGAUCCUAGCAUACAUACAUUUGUACUUCGAAGGCUGCGAACUAUCAGUACAUGCCAGCCGAGAUGUAUUUCACUGAUGACUGUACUUUUUAUGGGUGGUUUCUCGCAAU